GCAACUCGUGGUGAAAGUACAGGGCGAUUGGUGCAGGAAAAAUCAAGAAAAAACCUCGUUUUCCUAAGGAUGUUGAGGCCAAAUAGUAUAGUUUUCCACUUCAGGAGAUUUAAACAUAGUACGGAUCACUGGGCAGCAUUGAGGAAGAAAACAUACCCUAAAGAUCGUGCUCUGACCAAUUUUGAUGAGUUCUAUGGGUCUAUCUUCGGGCUGAGAUGGAAAUCCAUGAGAUUGGCUCUCCUGUGUGAGCACAAGUACAUGGCAUUGGUGAAUAACUUUGGGGAUGUGGAGAAAACAGUGGAAAAACUGGAGGCUGCAGGUGCAAUCAGUGUGAAAACCCUCUAUAAUAUUACCAAAGAGAGAAUAGAGAGAGGAGAGUUUAAAGAUCUUGAGAAAAUUGAUAAGAAAUUCACUAAACUCGAUGAAAGACUCCAGUCAACUCUCGUCAAGAGGCAGACUGAGGAGAUCCAGGCACUGUAUCCGCAGGAUAAGGAGGAAGCUUUGAAUUUUAUCCCUGAUUCUAUGGAGAACUUGAGACGGCCAACUAUGAAUGCAAAUGAUAAAGAAACGGGCGAAAGCAGUUCGAUAGAGUUGGAUUCUGAGGUGCGAGAUAGUCGAAUUGUCGAUCCGGCGUACGGCGAGGGAAUUUUGUAUGACUUUGUGCCCGCCACAAGAGUGAAAGGCUUGGAAGAUUGGGUGUUUGAAUCGGAUCACUACAAAUACUACAACGCAAACACGGAUUUCCCAUUGAAAAUUGAGCCUGAAUUGGAAUUUAGCUUCCCAGAUAAUCUUCGCAUUUACACCUAUGAGCCGUGCAAUAUCUCUAAGUUCGCCAGUCCCAAGAAAUGUAUCACUGGCUCUUAUUCUCACUACCUACUGGAUGGAUCCUCGAUUUUGCCGCCUCUGGCUUUGGGACUUGAACACGGCGACACUGUGCUAGAUGCUUGUGCUGCUCCUGGAGGAAAGGCUCUUCUCAUGCUGCAGACUCUCUACCCAAACGUGCUCGUCUGCAAUGACACUCCGGAGUCACGCGUGAUGAGAAUCAAGAACGUGAUGAGGGACUUUGUGUUCGAUUUUGAGGACAAUUGGGCACACAAGAGAUGCUUUAUUAUUCAAGGGGACGCGAGAAUGCUGAAGGACUACAAGAAGUAUGAUAAGAUCCUUGUGGAUGUUCCCUGCACCGUAGAUAGACACAGUGUGAUGGAGAAUAACAACAACAUCUUCAAACCCACGAGGAUGAACGAGAGACUGAAGAUACCUGAACUGCAAGCGGGCAUUUUGGAGAAUUGUCUGGCUAUGCUGAAGAUUGGUGGAUCUCUGGUGUACUCCACAUGCUCCCUGAGUCCUGUCCAGAAUGAUGGAGUGGUUCAGAUGGCCCUGUCUAAUGCCUUCAGGGAGCGUGGAAUCUCCGUGGUCAUCAAGGAUUUGAACAACGUCAUGAAACCUUUCUAUGAGAUGUUCAAAUUUGAGAAUCCCAAGGGACUCAAGUACGGCCAGAUGGUGAUACCUCACCUGCCGUCGAACUUUGGACCGAUGUACUUCUGUAAAUUGACGAGGAUCAGCUAGGUAAGCACAUGAUUUAUUGAUAUAGAGCAUAAAUGCGCUUAUAAAGGAUGCAUUGUACAAUAU